AUGCGCCUUGGUGAUUUUUCGCUUGAAAUUCUUGUUGACAAUGAAGUACUACCAGAACACCAAAUACCAAGUAAUAAUGAUAAUUUGUUGGUGCCUUUUUCUCGAGUUGCUGUUGAUAAGAUAGAAUCAGUGAAAGAAGAAUGUAAAAUUAUGACAUAUGUAGCUAUCCCUGAACCUUCUUGUCAUUUUGCUAUUAGAGUUGGAGUUCAUUCCACUAAAGAACAUGUCAUUAAAGGAAUUCAUUUCGUUGAUGGACAAAAUGAUAAUACGUAUAUGGAACUUAAUCCUACAAGUUCUAAUGGACCAUAUAAUUAUAUAUAUGGUUUUUAUAAUUAUAACAAAUCAAUCUUUCAUCUUUUUAAAUUUGAUUCCACGUAUUGGUCAGAUGGUAAUAUCUUUAUAUCAAAUUUACCAAGAUGUAUCCCAUCAAAAGUAACAAGAGACAAAGGUUCAUUAGGAGCUAUUUCAGUGUAUUUUUAUAAAGCUGAAAGAUUACCAGAAAAAAGAAUAUCUUCAAAAAAGUAUUCUAAUAAAAAUCAAAAUAUGGAAUUGUCAAAUUCAUUUGAUGAUCUUAAUUUUAAUCCAUCUGAUAUUAUCUUCAUUAAUAAUCCUCAAGAAGAAUUAUGUUUAAAUUUGAAAACUACUCAUUCUGAUCCAAUAGCAGUACUACAUAUUUAUUAUCAAACAAAGGAAUGGAUUGAAAAUUAUUAUAAAUCUAAAGCAUCACCAAUUUCCAAGUCUUUAGAUAAUAAUUCUUUUAUAAAAAAGAAAAAAACAAAAGUUAUUAAUGAAGAUUUUACAAUAGAUGAUUUAUUAUAUGGUGAACUAACUGAUGUUGAAAGUGAAAGUGAAUAUUCUUCAUCUUCAGAUAGCAAACAUAAACAAAAAGAUUAUUCAUUAUUAUUGAAUAAUAAUUCUAUUAUAUAUGAAAAAGAAAAAAUAGUAAUGACAAAUAACAAUAUUAAAAAGAAAAAAAUUACUAUAGUUGCUAAUUCUAAUGAAAGUAAUAAUAGUAGUAAAAACUUAGUUAUAGGUAAUAAGGAUAAAUAUAAUUAUACUCAUAUAGCUGAUAACAAUAAUUUUAAUAUAGAUAUUAAAGUAGAUAGGAAUUUUGAUAAAAAUAAAAACAAAAAUAUUAAUGAGAAGGAUCAAAUUAAUAAUAGCAAGAAUCUAUACAAUAUAGUUAAUAAUAAAGAAAGAGCUAAAUAUAAUAGGAAAAAAAAUCUUGAAAUUAAUAAUAAUAAUCCUAAUUCAAAAGCUAAAAUAUAUAAAAAUAUUUAUAGCAAAACUAAAAACAGUAUGGAAAAUGACAUUAUUAAUAAGAGUUAUUAUAAUAUUAAUAAUUCUAUUGUGGAAACUAAAGCUAGUAGUAGAAAUCUUCAAAUUGAAAGUAGUAAUAAUAUUGGUACUGAUAUGGAAAUUGAAAAUAAUAAAAAUCUUAAUAUAGAAACUAGAAUUAAAAAUAUAUGUCUUAAUAAUAUAAUUAAUAAGACUUUAAUUACUGAAAAUAUUUCUAAAAAACAAAAUAUUAUUAUAAUUGAUGAUGAUGAUAAUAAUAAUGGUGAAAUGAUAUCUAAUGAUAAUGAACUAAUGUUUAUUAGUAAAACAGAAUUUGAAAAAAAGAAAAUAAAAGAAAUAAUUGAUUUAACAAUAGAUUAA